GAGGUUAGAGGUAAAAAUAGAAGUAGAGUGAGAAAAAGGAACGCCCCGAAAGAAAAACGGAUAGAAAUGACAGGAAGGGAGAGUAUGACGAGGACCGAACAAAGGGCGGAGGAAAAGGACUGGAUACAAGAAGUUAUAAAGGAAAUAAGGGAGGUAGGACAGAAGAUAGAGCGGCAGACCAGAAAAAUGAAGAAAGAAAUGAAAGAGAUGAGAAGACAAAUGGAAGGGCUGGAGAAACGACAAAGGAAGAUCGAAAAGAGCGAGGAGCAGGAAGAGACAGAGGAAAGAGAUUCGGAUGAGAGCAGUGAACGAUGGGAGGAAGAGACGGAAGAGGCGAGGGAGUGCAGCGACGGAGCGGUAAAGGGGAAGAAGGCAGUAGAAGAGGAAGAAGAGUGCGGCGUCGAGGGAUGGAACGAGGGAGUAUGGAGAGAAAGCUGGUGGAAAGAGAUAGAGAAAGAAGAAGAAAGGGAAAAGGAGAAAAGGAAGUGGAAGGAAGAUGCAAAAAGAAAUGAGGUCAGAAAGAGUGAUGAUGAAUUAAAUAAAAGAGAAGAGGAAAGAGACUAUAAAGAAAGGAGUGAGACCAAAGGAGACAAAAACGAGAGAAAAGUCAGAAGCAAAGAAAAGGAAAGUAAAAGCGAGAAAGAAAAGGCACGACGAACAGCAGAAGACAUGGAGGAGGAUAUAAACUUUCCAAUAUUGCUAGCACGUCGAGAAUUUAUAGAGACUCAAGUACUGUGA